AUUCAUAUCUGAGCAUAUAUACCCGCUAUCCCUCCGCCAUCUACAUUGUCCUCGCCAUACUAUUCCAAUCCCCAUCGCAUACUCCCACUCUCCACCCACAGCAGAAUUCGGGAAAAAAUGUCUCUCCGCACACUCCUCGUCGCCGGUCUGGCCACUUCCGCCACCGCGGUUAAACUCCUCGUGUCCGGCUAUGCCAAAGUCGACGGAACCAACGGGACUGUCUUGACCCUCGACUACCCGUCGCUCAAGACGGUAUCGACAAACGACAAGAUGGGCCCCCAGCCCACCUGGCUCGACACUACCCUCUACAAGGAGAAGGGUCUCGUUUUGGGUCUGGACGAGGCCUGGUCCACCCCCGACAAAGCUGGCCUGUAUGCCCUGAAGAAGAGUUCCAAUGGAGGCCUCGAUGUCACCGGCUUUGCCACCAUCCUCGGCGGUCCUGUCUCCACCCAGUUCUACAACAAGAACAGUGCCGUAGCCAUCGCCCACUACGGCGGCGGCGCCAUCUCCACCUUCUCUGUUGCCAAGGACGGUGCUUUCGCUCCCCUUCAAAACAUCACCUACGGCACCGAGGGCCACGGACCCGGCGCCGGCCAGACCACUUCCCACGUCCAUCACUCCGUCAUUGACCCCACUGGAAGGUUUCUCGUCUUCCCUGACCUCGGUCUUGACGCCACUCACGUCUUCUGCAUCGACCCAGCCACCAACAAGCUCACUGCCCACGCUGAUCUGAAAGCCGUUGCCGGGGCUGGUCCCCGUCAUGCUGUUUUCUGGCAGUCCGGUCGCAAGACCUUCCUCAUCAUCGUCCACGAGCUCAACAACUCCAUCGUCUCUUACGAGGUCUCGUACCCCCGUGAAGGCGGCCUCGCUUUCAAGGAGGUCGACUCGCAAUCCACCUUCGGAAACAUCACAGCCCCUGCCGGAGCUGCGGCUGGAGAAAUCCAAGUCUCCCCCGACCGCAAAUUCGUGCUUGCUUCCAACCGCAACGCCACUCUCUCCAACGUAGCCAACCCAGACCCUUCCAACUCUACCCAAGUUCCUUCCGACUCCAUCGUCACGUUCAAGCCUACUCCCCAGGGAAAGCUCGAGUUCGUCCAGCUCGCGCCCAGCGGAGGCAAGUUCCCGCGCCACUUCUCCACAAACAAGGACGGAAGCCUUGUCGCCGUGGCCAACCAGCAGAGCUUCAGCGUCGACGUCUAUGCGCGCGAUGUCAGGACCGGCAUGUUGGGCAAGAAGGUCUCGUCUGCGUUCGAUCUGCCCAGCAACCCCAACAACGUUCUCUUCGUGGACGAGUAAAUGUAAAGAUGGCUGCAUGUGAUGAUUAGAUACCCGGGUGUUAUUUUCCUU